AUGAAGCUAUUGCUAGAUAUGGAUAAGCAAGAAGAUAGCGGAGAUUGUGAUGGGGUGGGUGGAGCCAUGGAUAUAAUGGGGAUGUACGGACACUCGGCCACCAUCCAUGGUGUCUCGAAAGUCGCCGAUCCCCAGAUUUAUAGAUUCAGAAGAUGGGUGUGGUCUAUUCUACUAAUCAGCAUGGCUGUCGGACUUGCUGUUGUUCUUUACAUGCAGUUCACCAGAUUUUUUGAGUAUCCUACAGUGACAAUGGUGAAUGCCGAGUUUCAUGACGAACUACGAUUUCCAGCGAUAACAAUCUGCAAUAUUAAUCAAUACGACAGAGUUAGACUGCCUUUCGCCGAGGAUUUACGAACUCUACUGUAUAAUUUAAGUGAAUUCUCUGACUUACAAGGGUACCUAGAACAUAUUGACCAGCGGAAUUAUCAUUAUUCAUCUCCUAUGUCUCCUGUGGAUCCAGGAACCUAUUUGUACGACUCUGUGAUGUACGCCGCGCCGUUACUAGAAGAGUUAUUCCUCCUGUGUAUGUGGAAGGGAAAGAAACUGGAUUGUCAGGAUGUGAUGGAGAGAGUGAUCACUGAUGUCGGCGUUUGUUAUCGGUUCAACGGUAAUAUUUCCGAUCCUUAUAUAGCUGGUGAUACGGGUCCUAAUCAUGGACUCCGAGUUUUAUUGGACAUUAAACAGAAUAACUCGUUUUUCUCGUCAACUUCACAAUCUGGGGUUAAGAUUCUAGUAAACGAGCCAGAUGAAGCUCCUAUUUUAGAUAAUGCUGGAUGGUUUGUGAGACCAGGUACUUCGUCUAAUAUUGGCAUCAGGAAAGAGGAGUUUAUUGGUUUAAAGAAGCCCUAUAAGUCAUUCGGUACGUCCUACUGUUUAGACACCCAACAAGACGGGUUCAAAACUCCUCUAAGUAGAUAUCCUGACUACUCCUAUACGAGAUCGACAUGUAGGAAAGAAUGUUUAUUGAAAUAUUUCGGCGAGAAAUGUAACUGUCGACACUUUUUCGUGCCAGGGCCCGAGCGGUAUUGUUCUAUUUAUGAAUUUAAUGAAUGUUUACUUCCCGCUAUGAGAGAUAGUGAAAUAGGUAAAAUGAUGGAGAGCUGUAAAGGUUGUCCAAGUACAUGCCAAACAGUAGGCUACAUACCCAAUCUUUCAUCAGCAGACUUCGCCUCUAGUUUUAUCAUUGACUACAUGGUGACUUCUGGGCUACUGAAAGACUCGCAGUAUAUGAGUAAUAACGUGGUUGAUUUGAGAAUAUAUUUUGACUCUCUGACAGUGACACAGAUUCAACAAAAACCGGAACUGACAAUUCAGGGUAUCCUUGCCGAUUUAGGAGGAUUGAUGGGAAUGUUCCUGGGAGCGAGUAUUCUCUCCAUAACGGAACUAGUAGAGUUCCUGGCGCUCGUUUGUCUAGCUGGUCGGAACAGAAGAAAGGUUUCUGACAACCGCACAAAAACUAAUAGUCGGAACGAAACGGAGAUGGAACGUAAAAAUGUUGACGAUGUAAAAUUCUAA